AUGAAAUUUCUCCUUUUUUUUCUUCUUCUCACCAUAAUUGCAUUCUCAAAUUGCGGAAAGUUUGAUGAUAUGAGAGCUAUUGUCAAAAACUUGCGACUCAAGAUCAAUUCGUUGGUGGCAGCCAAAGACUUUGAUGGACUUUCGAAAUAUCUUGCAGAUAAUUUCAGUUUCACAGUCAUCAAAAUUGACGGAAAAUCGAAAAAAGAUUUCAUCGCAUAUUUGAAAAAUGGGACUUUUGAGAUGUCCAAUUUAUUCGGUCGAAACGAGGUUACAAGCAUCCACAAAAAUAAUGUUGGGUUUGGCGUAAUUAAUGGGAAUAUCAGUUCGAAUUAUCUGCUUGUUGAAGCAAAUCGAACCGAGUUUGGAUAUCUUAUGGCAACUUAUAAUGCCUAUAAGCGACAAGGUUGA